AUGGAUGACCUGAUAGAAAGUGCUGUUAAGGAUGAAACAAAGACAUUGCACCGCAUGUCUCUAGGGAGCCCGUUCAACAAGAAACUGUUCAAGAACAUGCAUACGCUGUUCAAGUCUGGCGAUUCCAAAAAGAAGAAUAGAAGUAGCAAUGAAUAUAACAAUCAAGAUUCUGCAGGUUCAGCUCUUGAUUCAAAUAGCAGUAGUAUUAACGAGAAAUCACCAGUGGCUCCUAUAUUCAGUAUCGAGACUACCGCAGCAAAACUGUCUCCAUUGGCAUUACAUAUCAGUUCCGAGGAUUUGAUGCUGUCUCCUAGUAUGAUGAGUCCUACAACCAAUCGGAGAAAUAGGAUUCAUCGUUUGAAUUCUACAGUGACGAGCCCCACAAUACAGAGAAGGACAUCAAUGACUCAGCCUCGUAAGAAUAGUCUAGGGUUAUAUCGUACCGAAAGUUUUAAGAAGAAAAAAUUUCCAAUGAGAAAUUCUAGUGUCAAGAGAAUAAAUUCAAUUUGCUCGUUAAAUAAUCAAUACAAAGAUUUAAAUAUUGUUUCUCCAUCACAUUGUGUUUCUAACCAACAAAAUAAAGCUUUCACCCCAGGACAUCUGGAGAGAGAAAACUCGACAUUGAGGAAUAGUAAUAUACCCACAUACUACAUGCAUGACAUUGAUCAUUAUUCUGCAAAGAGUAAAAUGUCUUUAAAUGACACAUUCCCUAGAAUCAGUGUUAAUACUUUGAAAGAUAUUAUAGUUGACAAUGCCCAUAAACCUCUCUAUGAUGAUUAUAUGAUAAUCGAUUGCAGAUUUACAUACGAGUACGAAGGUGGACAUAUCAAGGGAGCAAUGAAUUUUUCAAGACCAGAAGAUAUCGCAACACAUCUAAUAGAUCAAAGGAUAGCAGAUAAUACAAUCCAGGGGUCUCACCGAUGUCUCUUGAUAUUCCAUUGCGAAUUCAGUGCACAGAGGGGUCCUACUUUGGCAUCAGCAUUUAGAAACCAUGACAGAUGUGUCAAUCAUGACAAUUACCCACAUUUGUUCUAUCCGGAUAUUGUGAUACUGGAUGGUGGUUACAAGGCUUUCUUCGAUUAUAAUUCAAGUCUUUGUUCCCCAAUUAAUUAUGUAGAGAUGGAUUCUAAAGAAAAUAUUAUCGAUUGUGAAAUUCAAAUGGAUAGAUUUAGAAAGGCUUCAAGAAAAGUUAUUACAAGAAGUAACUCAUUGAGGACAUUUGCCAGUGCAUCAAGUCUCAAGUCCAAUUCUAAUAACCCAUCCACGGCACGACAUAGUAAUUCGAAGACGUGGAAGGAGGCAAGGAUAUUGGAAGAAAGAGAUAGUAAUAUCUUUAGACCCGAUCCACCACCAAAAUUAUUCUACAAACAUCUUAAUAAUUGCUCCAAUGGUGGUUCUAGUGUAUCUAGUGAUGAUAUAUGUUCCUCACUGGCUUCUACAAGCAGUACUAUCAGCAUCGGAAGGUUGCAAUCCAGCGAUAAUAUUCCAAGCGAUCCAUAUUUCAGUUAUGAGGAGAAUGACGAAUUUAGCCAUAAUCAUGAACAUGUUGUGAUUCGUUCCCCAUCUAGAAGGUUAACAUUCACAAAAAGUUGA